AUGUCGAUAUCUACGCUUCAAGAUUUUGAAAAUUUUAUAGAAAUCUUUCCCAAUAUAUAUAGAGCCACAUUUAAUCUUCAAUUCGGACCCUUACAUUGGCCAGUUUCUAUAUUUCUCAUUAACGUUGAGCCAUCCAACAACAUUUGGAUUUUAAUAGACACCGCAGAUCCUGAUAACAUUUCAAAAUUUUUCACAGCUCUAACUCAACAUUUUUUAAAAUUCCCGAAUUAUCAACUUAAAUAUAUUUUAUUAACGCAUGAUCAUUUUGAUCAUACCGGAUCUAUCUUAAGAUUACUAGAUGAAUAUAAAGAUAUAAAACUUGUCUUAGGUGAACCAGAAUCUUUUCAUACAAAUAAUAAAAAUGUUAAUGGUAAUACUCAUACACAACAGUUAGCAACUGUUGAAGGAAAAAUAACGGUUGAUAAAAAUAGAAUUGUUAUGAUAAAGAGAGAGAAAGAAGAGGAAUUCGAAUUUUUCAAUGUUUUAAAACCUAUCUUUAUCGCUGAUCAUACUUUAGAAUUUGUUUCCAAUAACAUAGGAUCAAUAUCUUACCUUCAUAUUCCGACAAAUUGUAUAAUGGUUGGAGAUAGUUUAAUGAAUCUUUCAACCUCUCAAUGUUCCGAGCCGGUGAUCUCUUUACCAUUUACAUCCACCCCUUCUCAUUUAAAUAGUGUUAAAGAGUCUAUUAAGAAUAUCGCAAGGUUAGAUGUUAAGAUCGUAUUUCCUGCACACGAUCAUAGUCAAAAAGGUCUUAGCAUAAAUGACGUCAGAGCAUUUGCCAAUACAUUGAAGACAUGA